CCCGGAGAGGUUUACAAGUGAGCAUUAAUGAUGAAAGGAUAUCCGAAAAUAUAACUGAACAGUUAACACCACAAACUGACGGUCGGAAUAAGCAAAAUAUAUGAUGGCAUUUUCUAAAUCAAUUUGUAUUUCAGUUACAAUAGCAGCGAUUUUCAUUCUAUCGUUAUCGGUUGUUAAUGGCGGUAAACGUAAAAAAGUUGUUAACGCCGGUAGCGGUAAAAGUAAAGCAGUUAAAAAAGAAGACGAUGAGCCAACUACAAGGCGACCACCAGCUGUAAACAACUUCGAUGAUUGCUUAUCCGGCUACAUUGGAGACCGAAAUAAGAUAGUAUUAUUUUUGGACUACGACGGAACAUUAACUCCAAUCGUUGAAAGUCCUGAAAUGGCUAUAAUACCCGAUGAGACUAAAAAUGUUUUACAAACAUUGGCCGGAAUGCCAAAUGUGAAAAUAGCAAUAAUUUCGGGACGAGGAUUAGGUGAUCUUAAAAAUAUGAUCGGUGUCGAAGGUUUGACUUAUGCUGGUAACACUGGCCUUGACAUUAGUUUUCCCGAUGGUGGCGAAUUUAAAUAUCCAAUAUCCGAAGAGGAUCAAGAAAAAUUAAAAAAAUUGAUAGAAACUCUCCAAGCCCAGCUUUGCAAACAUAGUGAUUGGGUAGAAGACAAAGGACCUACGCUGACCUACCAUUACCGUGCUGCACCUGAAGUUUUACAUGCUAAACUGAUGGAAAGAGCUCGGCAUCUCAUUUUAGACGCUGGGUUUAAAGCGGGUAAUGCCCAUUGCGCUAUUGAAAUAAUUCCUAGUAAUGUAGAAUGGGACAAAGGGCAAGCAGCUUUGUACAUUUUAAACAAAUUCUUCCCAGAAAAUUGGAGGGAAAUUGCUAUAAUUUAUGUUGGAGAUGAUGUGAAUGACGAAUAUGCUAUGGAGGCAUUGGCAUUCACGGGUGUUACAUUCCGCGUAGCUGAAACUGAUAAUUUUGACACCUUCGCUCAAUACCGUUUACCGAACCCUAAGAGUGUGUUAGAUAUGCUAAAAUGGGUGAAAACACAUUUCAUAAAUAAAAAUUAGAAAAUUAGAAACUUAGUAACAUUUAACAACUAUUAUUGUGCGAAACCCAAAUGGACCUUGAUAUACCUGAAAUUAUGUUUGGCCCAUUAACGGUUCACCUGGAUAAUUCCAUAAAAUUGAUACUUGUGAAUAUUAUCUAUCCUCAAGAAAAUCUAAAUGUCCAGAA